AUGAUAGAAGAACACAUGUCCUUUCCCAUCGAUCUCAUAGUCUACAACCAGGGGAGCUUUGGCAAGAAGAGGGACAAAGACGUGGCAAACUGCUACAGCUUGCAGAUGGGAAUUGUUGUGAUGCUGGGCCGUUUCCCUGUGAAGCAACCUCUGGGCUUCCGAGUCGGGUGUCAGAGCAGAGCCAAACCACGAGGCAAGGCGGUCCAGAGCGGGUACCGGGAACCAGCAGCUCUGACGGAGACCGAUACUUGCUCGUUGUGUUUUGUUGCUUGCGGCGAAGGUGUUUGCGUUUUGCUGGCUGUGGUCACAGCUUGCGUCUUCAUUGCAAAGGUCGGCUUUCCGACAGCCGCAGGGGCAUGGGAUGCUCGGAGGGGAGAUGACCUGAACUGGUCCUGCAGCGACCUGGGGCUGGUGCUUGGCAGCAGGGAGGAGAGCCCUGGGGGAGUCCUUCCUCUCCUCUCCUCUGAGCCCCAGAACAGGGCAGCUGUCAGCAAAGGAUUCUCAGGCUGCUUUCCGCACUCCUCGGCUGUUGCCUCACGUUUCCCACCAGUGCUCCCUAGUCCUCCAGCACCAUCUACAGUCCUCCGUAAACUGAAGAGAUGCUCCAGUGCCACCAGCUGGGGCCUCCCGGAGCUCCGGCAUGGUUUCCCCCUCACUUUCCCGGGCAAUGCAACGGAGUUGAUCCUGGUGCCGUCCCUGCCCAGUUCCCUGUCAGUGCAGUGUGCCAGCUGGGGACUAGCAGCGCUCAUUGACUGCGGGUGCGACGACUGCGGUGGAGCAUCUGCUGGGUCAGAGGAAAAAGAGCGGAUGCAGCAGCACAAGCGAUUUCUGUUCCACCUCUGCUGUGAGAGCUCUGCACUGAGCCCAGCCUUAGCUGAGCGCGUUCCCGACAACCUGCCUCGCAUUGAGGACACCAUGCAAAGCUGCAAGAGCCCGACAGCAGAGCCAAGGAGGGAAGCAAGGAGGACACAGGCCUCUCCGGGACACGAUUCUGCUAAUGCUUCCUUCAAAACUCUCUGCACCGUCAGGAGGCUGUUCCUGCUGCUCGUGGUCACUGGGCUGCUGGCGGGGGCAGCAGCUGGGGCUGGGGCAGGGCUCCUAGUGAAACACCUGAAGAAGCCUCAGCCAGACCAGGGCUUCACCCUGCUGCAGGAGCCAGAUGAGAUCCCAGCGUGCAGUGACGGUGAAGAGGAAGACCCCGUGAUGUGCAUGACCAUCCACUGUGCUGGCCCUGCACAAAACACUGCGAGGAAGGGAACUUGCAGGUUGUCUUUAAAUGGAAUGGCUUUAGUGUCUUUCAGAAUAAACACGGCGAACUCCCUGCUGGAAGCGCAGGUGGAAGGCCAUCCUGGCUGGCUCCUGGCAUGCCACGAGCACUGGAGUCUCUCCCUGGGCACCCUGCUCUGCCGGCAGCUCGGGUAUCUCAGAAUGACCCAUCAGAAAGGAGUGAACUUGACGGACGUCAAGGUGAAUGACACACAGGAGUUCAUUCAGGUGAGACCCCACCAGGAAGGCAGUCUGGAAGACAUGUGGCAGGUCAGGAGCAGCUGUGAAUCGGGUCAAAUUGUGGCUCUGAAAUGCUCAGAGUGCGGGCUGCACCCCAGUGCUGCGCGGGUGGUCGGGGGGGCGGACGUGCCCCCAGGACGCUGGCCCUGGCAGGUCAGCGUGUACCACGGCUCCCAGCACCACUGCGGAGGCUCUGUGCUGGCACGCGAAUGGAUCGUCACGGCAGCUCACUGCGUGCACAGUUACAGGCGGCUUCAAGCCUCCGCCUGGCUGGUUUUCGCAGGCAUUAUCACCCAUGGCUCGAUGAAGCAGGAGGCUGGGGUAUCAGUAAAGAAAAUAAUUUACCACCCGCUUUAUAAUGACAAUAGCCUCGACUAUGACAUUGCUCUGAUGAAGCUCCAAGUCCCCCUGAAUUUCUCAGAUGCCAUCCGUGCUGUGUGUCUGCCACCCUCCCACCAGGACCUCUUCCAGGGCACGCAGUGUUGGGUCUCCGGCUGGGGCUAUACCAGACCAGACCAAGCACAGGUUAUCGAGACACUGAAGGAAGCGCUCGUUCCCUUAAUCGGUACCAAGAGGUGCAAUAGUUCGUGCAUGUACGCAGGCGAGCUCACCGCCAGGAUGCUGUGUGCCGGCUACCCGCAUGGGAAAAUAGAUGCAUGCCAGGGUGACAGCGGGGGCCCCCUGGUUUGCCAGGAUGAAUUCACGUGGCGCUUAGUGGGCAUCGUGAGCUGGGGCCAAGGCUGUGCUGAACCCAACCACCCUGGGGUUUAUACCAAUGUGGCUCAGCUUCUGCCAUGGAUUUAUCACAUCACUGAGGAAGAGGAAAUCCUAGAGAAUGGAAAUCAGCAAACAUCACAAAAAGCAUCUCUUCUUCACCAGGACUGUACACCCACCAGCUCACGAAGGAAAACUUGGAUCUGGGCAGAACGCCUCUGGGGAGCACGGCAGGAGACUGAAUUUUCAAGCCCGAACUCCAUCUGCCUGGCAGAUGGAGCAUAA